UAACAAAGAAAUGAGCUUAAAAAUAUGAAUUUAUUAUGUAUUUUAGAACCACUUCUGGUUCGCGUCAAAGAGAACCGAAAAUCUGUAGUGUGUCCAGUUAUUGAUAUUAUUUCGGAUGUGAAUUUUGGCUAUCUUAAAAGUUUCGAACUACAUUGGGGCGCAUUCAAUUGGCAAUUACACUUCAGAUGGUAUCUAAUGAGUCUCAGUGAACUAAAGAAAAAAAAUGCUGAUGUAACUCAUCCUUUUCCCUCUCCAGCAAUGGCAGGCGGCUUAUUCUCGAUCAAUCGAGAAUACUUCUUCGAAAUUGGAUCGUAUGAUCGAGCCAUGAAGGUAUGGGGAGGUGAGAAUCUUGAACAGUCAUUUCGAAUUUGGCAAUGUGGUGGAAGUAUUGAAAUAGCACCGUGUUCGCAUGUUGGACAUUUAUUUCGUAAAUCAUCACCGUACACUUUUCCUGGUGGAGUCAGUAAUGUGUUAAAUGAAAAUUUGGCGAGAACUGCGUUGGUUUGGAUGGAUGAUUGGAAGAAUUUCUUUUUCAAAUACUUUAAAAUACCAAAAGAAUUGACCGAAUCGUUGGAUGUAAGUGAUCGUAAAUUGCUUCGCAAAAAACUUCAAUGUAAAUCAUUUGCAUGGUAUCUGAAUAAUGUGUGGCCUGAUAAUUUUUUCCCAAACUCCAAUCGAUUUUUUGGGAAAAUUUUAUUUAUUCGUGAAGAUUUAGAAUUGUUUAAAAAUUAUCUGGAUAUCAUCAGUGACGCUGAUACCACAAUGUCAUCAAAUUGGACAUAUGUAACACAUUUUCUAAAUUCACGCAUACCACAAUUUCAAAAGCUUUUAAUUCAAUUGCCACUAUUGUGCUUGAAGCAGCCACAAAAUCAAAACUCACCAAAAGCAUUACCAUAUGGAAUGGCAUGGCUCGGGAAUUGUAUUGAAAAAACAUUCAUGGAUGAGAUGUAUGUCGUUCGAGAAGAUGGACAUAUAAUGGCUAACGAAGGUAUUUGUUUGGAUGCACUUGAGACAUUUUCAGCCAAUAAAAAUUCAUCAUUGGCACGUAUCGUGAAUUGUGCUGACACGCCGCGACAACUUUGGUCAUAUGAUUUCAAAACUCAGCACAUUAUUCAGCGAGAAUCAAACAAUUGUUUAACGGCAUCGGUAAAUAUUAAAAAUGCAGCUCGGGAAUCAUUUGCCGUGCAUUGGGGAAAUGUCGCAUUACAAGACGAAGAAGAAAGUAAAUUUAAUGUGAGCACCACACCAUGUACAGCAUCUAAAUUACAAAAAUGGGCUUUGUUACCAUUUGAAUGGAAGUGAAAAUGAUAAUUUUUAGUGAAAGUCGUGUUUAUUGGCUUCGUAAGCCUUUUACAUCUUUAUAUUUUGUGAAAAUCGGAGGAUGGCUGGAUGCCCAGAAAAAGUCUAAAAUAAUACUAAUAUUGAAAAUAAAAGACCUAAACAAAAUACUCACACGCUUGUCCUUGAUGCACAUGUCAAAUCAACAAUGUGAUAUUUUAUAAAUUAAGAAAAAAAUAUAUACUCGAUCGAUCAUUAUCAAAUAGCGUAGUAAUUUAAAAUGUAUCAAUACAGACACAACUGAAAUAAUAGUUUUUUUUAUUAAAAUAUCAAUUU